AAGUAAUCUCAUAUUUUUUAUUAAUACCUGAACUUGUCUUUUUGGUGAAUUCACUGAUGACGCUACAAAUUAAUUGCAGUGUGUAAAUAAAAUAAGUUGUCCAGAAAAUUAGUAAAGGAUAUCAGUUAUAAUGAAUAUAGUGGAAGAAAAAAUAUCAAAAUUAAGUCAUGAGGAACGUAUGAUGGCAACUGUAGCAGAAAUUAUUCAAAAGUUAAUAAUUGCACAAAAAGAAAAUCGUGAUGUUAAUUUAAAUAAAUUAAAAACUCAGAUAUCUUCGAAAUAUGGAUUGAAAUCAUCUCCACGUUUAGUUGAUAUUAUAUCCGCUGUUCCUAAUGAUGCUAAAAAAUUGUUGUACCCUAAACUCAAGGCAAAACCUGUUCGAACUGCUAGUGGAGUAGCUAUUGUAGCGGUAAUGUGUAAGCCACAUAGAUGUCCUCAUAUAAAUUAUACUGGCAAUAUUUGUGUUUAUUGUCCUGGAGGCCCUGAUUCAGAUUUUGAAUAUUCAACUCAAUCAUAUACAGGUUAUGAACCUACUUCAAUGAGAGCUAUUCGAGCACAUUAUAAUCCAUAUCUACAGACUCGACACAGAGUUGAACAAUUAAAACAAUUAGGACAUAAUGUUGAUAAAGUGGAGUUCAUUGUCAUGGGAGGAACUUUUAUGAGCUUACCUGAAGAUUAUCGUGAUUAUUUUAUUAGAAAUUUGCAUGAUGCUUUGUCAGGCCAUACAAGCUCUAGUGUAGCAGAAGCAGUCAAAUAUUCUGAGCGAAGUAAUGUAAAGUGCAUUGGUAUUACAAUAGAAACAAGGCCAGAUUAUUGUUUAAACCGACAUUUGACUGAUAUGUUGAGUUAUGGUUGUACCCGUUUAGAAAUAGGUGUUCAAUCAGUAUUUGAAGAUGUUGCAAGAGAUACAAAUAGAGGUCAUACUGUUAAAGCUGUUUGUGAAACUUUUAAUCUAGCUAAGGACUGUGGUUUUAAAGUUGUAUCUCAUAUGAUGCCUGAUCUGCCAAAUGUGGAUUUAGAAAGAGAUUUUCAACAAUUUAAAGAAUUUUUUGAAAACCCUGAUUUUAGGGUUGAUGGUUUAAAAAUUUAUCCUACACUUGUAAUGCGAGGUACAGGAUUAUACGAACUUUGGCGUACUGGAAGAUAUCGUAGCUACUCACCUUCUGAACUUGUUGAUUUGAUAGCUCAUAUUUUAAGUAUUAUACCCCCAUGGACUCGUGUAUAUCGAGUACAAAGAGAUAUUCCAAUGCCUUUAGUGACUUCAGGAGUGGAACAUGGUAAUUUACGUGAAUUAGCAUUAGCACGUAUGAAAGAUCUUAAUCUGCAAUGUCGUGACGUUCGAACAAGAGAAGUAGGAAUUCAAGAAAUCCAUAACAAAGUUAGACCUUAUGAAAUUGAACUAAUACGUAGAGAUUAUGUUGCAAAUAAUGGAUGGGAAACAUUUUUAUCAUAUGAAGAUCCAGAGCAAGAUAUUUUAAUUGGAUUAUUACGUUUGCGAAAAUGUACAGACUCUUUCAGAUCAGAAUUAAAAGGAAAGGUUUCCAUUAUAAGAGAAUUACAUGUGUAUGGUAGUGUUGUUCCUGUAAGAGCAAGAGAUCCUACUAAAUUCCAACACCAAGGCUUUGGUAUAUUGUUGAUGGAGGAAGCUGAGAGAAUUGCAUUAAUAGAACACAAAUCUACUAAAAUUGCUGUUAUAUCUGGCGUUGGCACUAGAAACUAUUACAGGAAACUUGGUUAUGAGUUAGAUGGACCAUACAUGUCAAAAAUGCUUUAAUGACUUUAUUUUAUUAGUAAUGUAAAUAAUCUUUGAUAAUUUUGUUUUACAGAAAUUUAAAAUUUAAAUAUUAUAUAACAAAAUGUUUUAGUUAAAAUAAAAUUAUAAAAACUUAUAAAAGGUUUUAUUGUUUCAAA